AUGGGGAAAAAGCGUGUAAUGUUGCCCGCGAAGGACGUUGACUUGUCCUCAAUUAAGUACGAACGUGAAGUGGUUCAAGCUCCGCAUUUGACUGGAUUUGUGUUUAGAUUUUUUGUGAGGAUGCUUGAAGCUCCGCUGAUCGGCCCUAUCAUAAUGAAUGUUUUGAAGAAGGAAAAUAAAAUUGAUGAGAUAUUGCAGCACACUGUUAUACCUGAGGAACCCAUGUUUAAGCCUGAAUAUCCACCUCAAGAAAAGGAGCCUGGUGUUAUUGUCCUUGAUGAAGAUGGGAGACCUGAAGAUCGAGUUGAGUCUGCCUUAAUGUGUCUUCCACAUUAUGAUGUUGCUGAAUUAUGCGAAAAUUCAUCUGCAUCCUUUCGGUACUGGAAAAUACGUGACUAUGCUCAUGCUUAUCGAUCUAGAAAAGUAACCCCAUCCAUGAUUGCCGAGCGAAUAAUCUCCAUUAUAGAGGAAAAUGGAAGAAAUAAACCUCCUGCACCACUAUUGAUAUCCUUUGAGGCUGCAGAAGUCCGGGAGCAGGCGGCAGCAUCUACUAAGAGGUUUGAAGCAGGAAACCCAUUAUCGAUAUUGGAUGGAAUUUUUAUGGCCAUCAAAGAUGACAUAGAUUGUUAUCCUCAUCCAUCUAAGGGUGCAUCAACAUGGAUGCAUGAGGUAAGAACUGUAAAGAAGGAUGCAGUCUGUGUUUCAAGACUGCGUUGCUGUGGUGUCAUAUUUGUAGGGAAGGCAAAUAUGCACGAGUUUGGAAUGGGUACAACAGGAAAUAAUCCUAAUUAUGGAACUGCAAGAAAUCCUCAUGCACCUGAUAGGUAUACUGGUGGAUCUUCUUCAGGUCCAGCUGCAAUUGUUGCUUCUGGAAUAUGUUCGGCUGCAUUGGGAACUGAUGGUGGAGGUUCAAUCCGUAUACCUUCUUCCCUUUGUGGUGUGGUGGGAUUGAAGACAACAUAUGGGCGGACAAGCAUGGAGGGGUCAUUAUGUGAUUCUGGGACUGUGGAAAUUAUUGGACCCCUUGCUUCAUCAGUGGAGGAUGUCAUGCUAGUGUAUGCGGCAAUGUUGGGGGCAUCACCUGCAAAUAGAAUCAGUUUAAGACCGUCACCACCUUGUGUGCCAACUCUGUCAUCCCAUGAUGAUUCAAAUGCCUUGGGAUCUUUAAGAAUAGGAAAGUACACCCCGUGGUUUAAUGACGUGCAUUCAACUGAAAUCUCUGAUAAAUGUGAGGAUGCACUUAAUCAGCUGUCAAAGGCGCAUGGAUGUGAAAUGAUAGAAAUUGUUAUACCGGAGCUUCUUGAGAUGCGAACUGCCCAUGUCGUUUCCAUUGGCUCUGAAUGCUUGUGUUCACUCAAUCCUGAUUGUGAAGACGGGAAAGGUGUAAAAUUGACAUAUGAUACUCGUACAAGUUUGGCACUUUUUCGGUCAUUUACAGCAGCAGAUUAUGUUGCUGCCCAAUGUAUUAGACGCAGGAAUAUGUAUUACCACAUGGAGAUUUUUAAGAAAGUGGAUGUCAUAGUAACUCCGACCACUGGAAUGACAGCACCCAGCAUACCUCCUAGUUCGCUUAAAAGUGGUGAAACAGAUAUGCAGACUACAGCUAAUCUUAUGCAGUUCAUUGUUCCAGCAAAUCUUCUUGGACUCCCUGCCAUUUCUGUCCCGGUUGGUUACGAUAAAGAAGGACUUCCAAUAGGUUUGCAAAUAAUGGGUCGACCAUGGGCGGAAGCUACUGUUCUGCGGGUAGCCUCUGCAGUGGAGAAACUCUGCGGUGAGUCAAAGAAAAAGCCCGCGUCAUACUAUGAUGUUCUGAAGGCUAACUGA